AUGAAAUUCAGCAAAGAGUGCUGGCGUGAUGUUGCUCCCUUGUACAAGAGCCAUAAUGAGGUUGAUGCUAAAUGCUUGCGACCCCUGGGUUUAGGGCUGGAUGACCUGUGUGUCCGCUUCAUCAUAAAUUUACCCCGCGAAGAGUUGGAGUCCGUCGAGCGGAUCUGUUUCCAAGUCGAGGAAGCGCAAUGGUUCUACGAGGAUUUCAUUCGGCCGUUGGACCCGGCACUUCCCUCGUUGUCGCUGAAAGCUUUCGCGUUGCGCAUCUUUCAGCACUGCCCGCUCAUGUCACAAUGGUCUCACUAUCACCACAUCACGGCCUUUUCGGAGUUUCUUGCCUACAAGACCCGUGUGCCUGUGCGUGGGGCUAUUAUGCUAAACCAGGAUAUGGAUGAAGUCGUACUGGUGAAGGGGUGGAAGAAGGGUGCCAAUUGGAGUUUCCCCCGUGGUAAGAUCAACAAGGGUGAGAAGGAUCUUGACUGUGCCAUCCGCGAAGUUUACGAGGAGACGGGCUUUGAUGUUCGACAGGCUGGGCUGGUGAAGGAUGAUGAAAACGUCAAAUUCAUCGAGAUUACCAUGAGAGAACAGCACAUGCGCCUAUAUGUUUUCCGCGGUGUGCCCCAGGAUACCCAUUUUGAACCUCGCACCAGAAAGGAAAUCAGUAAAAUCGAAUGGUACAAACUGUCGGAGCUGCCGACCCUGAUGAAGAAGAACAAGCCAAAUGAUGAGAGUUUGGCUGUCGCGAAUGCAAACAAAUUUUACAUGGUUGCACCUUUCAUGCACCCGCUCAAGAAGUGGAUCGCACAGCAGAAGAGGCUCGUCGCAAAGACAGAACCAUAUGGCGCUAAACAGUUGGCGCAGGUGGAAGGGGAGAUGUCUAUGGACGAAGCCUUUCAACCUAUCAUCAACAAUCGGCCAACGAGGCAGAAUGUUCCUAGUGACCUACCCGAAGUUACAUUACCCGAAGACGCAUCCUCUCACCUCAAACGACUGCUUAACAUCAACUCUCUUUCUGCGCAGAAUCCACUUGCUCCCUCUACGACCCUCCAGGCUGACACUUCAAAAUCUAAUGCUCUCUUGCAAUUACUCAGGAGUGGCUCUUCUCGCGAACCUACCCCUCAGGCCCCUGCAAUUGAUAGAGCAACGCAUCCAAAUGCAGUUUCUGGGAUUCAUCCCCCAACGCAUCAACCCGAGUCUCUUUUGGCACCGAAUUUCUUUCCAGGAUUUCCUCAGCAGUUUAAUCAAGCUGAUCAACCAGAAAAUCUGCCACGGAUCCCUCGAAAGCCCUAUCAUGGCACCGCUCCUCCGUCUUUACCUAUGUCCACACACCCAUAUGCUAGCAAUGAGCCAUCUCCGCCCUUUGGAUAUCAUGGCUUACCACAAUUCCAGAACCGCCACGGACCUGAAAUUCACGCACUUAGCCAAACACACCGGCCCGCGCCCGCGCCUGCACCGUAUCAGCAAACCGGUGACCCUCAAUUCUCACAGCCUGCUCACGCUCCGCAGAUUCAAGGCGCAACUGUCCCCCCAGCCAGCAAUCUACCUCCUCCCAAGCUUACCAGCCACUCAUUAGCGCUUCUGAAUGUGUUCAAGGAUAAUUCCACAAGAAGCCCUCAGCCAUCAAACCCGAGUCUGGUACAGCGCUCCGAGCAAACGAUAAUGGCCAAGCCCAAAACAUUGCACCACCAGGACCAAUUGCUCGGCCUUCUUAAGGGUGCUCCUCCAUCUGCGCCAGCUGAACUCUCGGCCCAGCCUGUUUCCCCAGCAGGAAAGCGAAUUCUGCAACGGUCCCGCGCUGAACCUAGCACUCCCAAGCGAUCUGCAUCUCACAUGAGUACGAUGCCAAAGGGGGACCCGCGCACUUCUGCCACUGCGUCGGGUGCUGCGUCGGGUGCUCCGAAUGUCACUCACCCCGAGCCGAACUUCAGAGGGCCAGUAAAGAAGAUGCAGAAUGGGUCGAAUCGGAAGAAUAAGGAUCGACAGACGCAGCCUCUUGCAUCUCCAAUCACCAUAUUGUCGAGACCGCAGUCUGGGAGGAAAGAAAGCUCUCCAACUCCAGUGAUUUCUCGAUCUCCCAAGCCUCCUUCCAGAGCUUCCUCACAGCCUCGCACCAACAAACCGAAGGCCGCUGAGCCAUCGAAGCCAUUUCAACCACAAAUCUUACGUCGCUCCGAUAACCUUAGUUUGGAUAACAUUUUACCAACGCGGAGUAAAGAUAACGAUGGCCCUAGUCAGCAAACGGCUGGUCCACCUCCAAACGACGGUCAAGGGACGAAACCUGCACAAGCAAACUUCGACCGUCGGCCGAGUCAGACUGUUGCCCAAAAAGAGACUCUGCUCUCGCUGUUCGGCAAGCGGCCCGUUUCUCCCCUCACAUCGCCUGCUGUGAAGCCCGCCCUUCAUUCUUCAGUAAACAAGCCCUCAGCUCCUUCUUCGGCUGUUAGCUCGCUGUCCCCAGUUGGUGCGCCAUCCGAGUUGGACACUGAGAUCAACGCAAACAAGGUGUCAUCGCCGGUGAACAAGGCUUUCUUGCUUGGAUUCUUGGAAGGCGUGGCCAAGGGGAAUAAGUAA